CUUCAAGCACUCCGAAGCAUCGCUCAUUAGGAGAGAUCAGACUGUGCCUUAACAUGACUUACAAAGGCAAGGGGAAAUAAGCAAAGAAGGAGAAGAUAUGUGUGAAAACAAGACGUCCUCUCAGUCCUAACAGGGGUUUGGAGUCAGGACUUUGCUACUUUAUUUUUUCUUUUACUUUAUUUUGGAAGUGAUUUUUGUUUUAUUGGAGGCUGCUAAAGCCAAAGCUACAAGUACAAUGUUUCCAGCGCUGCACUCCAACAUGCUUGUUGCGCUCCUUGGUGCCAUCCUAUGGGGGCACAGCAGUUACGCCCUGCGCGUCUUGAGCGGUCAGAAAAUUUGCUACGCAGAUUAUAAACAUCCCUGCUACAAGAUUGCUUACUUUCAAGAUUUAUCGAGGCGCGUUGGCUUUCACGAGGCACGGCAAGCUUGUGAGAUAGAUGGAGGGAGCCUUCUGAGCAUUGAAAGUGAAGCCGAACAAAAACUGAUCGAAAGAAUGUUACAAAAUCUCACAAAUUCAGGCACCGGCGUCUCAGACGGAGACUUCUGGAUUGGACUCUGGAGGAAUCUAGAAGCAAUGGCUUCAUCAGGGGCUUGUCCAGAUCUCUAUAGAUGGUCUGACGAAAGCACCUCGCAGUUUAGGAAUUGGUAUGCGGAUGAGCCUUCGUGCGGAAGUGAGGCCUGCGUUGUGAUGUAUCACCAACCGACAGCAAACCCCGGCAUUGGGGGGCCCUACCUUUAUCAGUGGAACGAUGACAGAUGUAACAUGAAGCACAAUUUCAUUUGCAAAUACGCUCCAGAAAAUAUCCUAGAGAAAGAAUUAGGAGACAGAGCAGAUCCAGAAUACGAGUCCUUUCCCGCCGUGGUUACGGAAAAGAUCUCUGUAACAGACAAGCCCGCAGAAGACCCGUCCCAUGUGGUGGUUGCAGAAACAGGUAUAAUGCCAAAUUUAAUUUACGUAAUUAUCCCCACCAUACCUCUACUUCUGCUGAUACUGGUUGCUUUUGGAACAUGUUGCUUCCAGAUGGUACAUAAAAGCAAAGAACGGUCAAAAACUAGCCCAACCCAAUCUACUCUGUGGAUCUCUAAGAAUCAAAGAAAUGAGAUCAAUAUGGAGGUUUAGCUCAGCAAUGACUUCUUUCCAACAAUACAAACAAAAUGUAUGACAAUGUAUUUCCCGGAUCACUAAAUUUCAGAGCUUCAGCUUGGAAUGACUUGCAAUCUCAGCAUCAGCAUUCAGUUCAGCAAGAAGAACUAACGGCUCCCCCUUGAGGCACAUUUUAAGAACUCUUUUAUAAUCCUCAUGUUUGAUUCAUAGAUAAACAAAAAUAUGUGUCUUGCUACAUUAAAGGAAACAAACUAUAUUCGGUUUGCUAGAGGAAACUCUUGAUGGACAAUUUCUCUUACAAUUUAUAUCAAGAAAUAUUAUGGAUGUUUCAAGUUGUUUGCAAUACGAAUGGAAGAUUUUAGUUUUUUUUUUCUCCUGCAAUGUACUUUUUGAUGUACUUUGAAUGGUAUUGCAGUAGUUAUGUAUUGUUAAAUACUAAUUUAUCUUUGCAUAAAA